CUUGUCCCCAUCAUAGAUCUACAUCAUCCGUCUUAUUUCGAGCUCCCGCUCUCGUUAAACCUUCUUAAACCUCAACCCUCUGAAGAUGUCGAAAACUGUCUUAGUCCUCGGUGCCACUGGAACUCAAGGUGGAUCAAUUGCCAACCUAUUGGUUCAAUAUCCGGACCAAUAUCUGGUACGAUGUCUUACUCGAAAUCCCAGCUCGGAAAAGGCCAAAGCCCUGGCUGCAAAGGGAGCGCAGCUGGUGAAGGCUGAUUUGACUAUCCCUUCCACCCUGCCAGAGGCAUUCAAGGGGGUCUGGGGUGUCUUUGCUGUCACUGACUUUUACGAUACGGCUGUUCUUGAUGAUCCUAUGAGCGAGGAGAAACAAGGUCAGCAUAUCGUCGAAGCAUCAGUGGCAGCUGGUGUUGAAUGUUUCCUUUGGAGCACUUUGCCAAGUUCUCGAGAGAUAUCCGGGGGCAAGUUUGUCACAAGGCUGUAUGAAGGAAAACAGUCUGUUGAUGCAGUCAUUCGCGAUGCAGGCCUCAAGGGUGCCUUCAUUCGUACUGGUAACUUUUAUGAGAACAUGAUCUCGCGAAAGUAUGCUGCAUAUGACAAGGAGAAUGAUGUUAUUACCAUGACGCGACCCAUUAUCGGACCCGAUGCUGAGCUUACUUCACUUUACGUCGAGAAAGACCUUGGAGCAGUUGCCAAAGCGCUGUUCGAUCAGUGGGAUGAGAAGAAGGCUACUCUUGAUGGUAAAUACUUUCUCGCAAGUGGAGCUCGGGAGACAAUGGGCGAUAUCAACGCAAUUCUUGAGAAAGUGUCUGGUAAAAAGGUCAUUUACAAGGUUAAGCCAACCUGUGGUAUUCCGGAUCGCGAUAUCAUGCUGCAACUUUACAACAAUGUGGGGAUGUACCCUGGGGUUGACAUUCCGACUCCAGAGGUGGCAAUGUUGGGUGUGAAGCUUCACAGUGCUGAGGAUUUCAUCCGGGAGAGGUUGCUCCCGCACCUUGAACUUGACGCUUCCGAACUCUAUGACACUGACCACAUCCGUGACAAGCCAAUCAGCUCGAGUCGCGGCCCCAUUUCACGGAAAUUCCAGCCAAAUUCCGUCCAAAGAGUGGCAAGCCAUCCAAUCCGAGAGCUCCGCAUGAUCAGCCAGCAGCAAUUGGACGCUAUGGUCCCCAGACACUACCCACUUGCUUCACCAAGCUUCGUACUACAGAGUCCUGAAUUGAUUGAGCUCAUGGCAUCUGGCAGACUUCCAUCUGCAUUCAAAGCUCAGUCAGCCGAGGCUGUAGACCAGACCGCCUCCGCAACUGACGAUGCCCGUGAGACCACGCCAACAGACGACCAAGAUGGGACCAAGAAAAGGAACGUCGCCAAAGACACGGCAGCGGCCAAUGCUGAAUCCACGGAACGGCCUGCGAAGAAGAUGAAGAGAGGGAAAUACAUAUCUAGAGCUUGUACUUCCUGCCAGCAGCGCAAGAUCAAGUGCGAAGGAGGAGAUCCAUGUCGACAAUGCCUCGCGAAACAACUACCUUGCCAGCCCUCUGCUCCAAGGGGCGCACAGCAGGCCCGUCAAGACUUGAGGCCAGGUCCCGCUGGAGGUCAAGACCAAGCUUAUUACCCCUCAAACGAUAGCAUCAACCGCGAAGUCUUAGUUCGCCUAGAAGCUGUAGAACGCCAUCUACGUCUGAUGAGACCACCCACUCCCGAUCUGUCCAGACCAACGCAUGAUUAUGCAUCAGUCGAGGACCAACUCAAGCCUUCAGCAGCCAAACUACAAAGUGCCCUAGAGACAGAGGGACAAACGUUUGCAGGAGAGAUGACUAUAACUCCGACACUUGAAGACGAGAACGAACCCAUAGAUUAUCAAAGCUCCGCAUCGUCGGCCAUGCGAAUAGACAACACUUCCCCAGCAUCGUCUCUCCUCCCACCAGCAACAGCAACAUCGCCAAACGAUACGACAGGCAGAAAAGGCGGAUGGUUCGAACGGAUAUUGACACGGCAUGGCGUCAUGACCGAUGAGAAACAAUGCAGGUAUCACCUACAAGUCUUCAUGGACGAGGUGCACCCGAUGUAUCCGGUCGUUCACCCCCCGGCAGUUUGGGACAUCUUCAACGAAAUGUGGCAGCACCCAGCGAUCAGCUCCUCCGUCGAGUCAGCACAAAGUGAGCAACUCCGGGUUUCCGUUGCUUUGGUGUGCUUUUGCCUAGCUCUUGGACGAUGUAGCAUGUCAGCAAGAAUGAGCGACCGCAGCGGUGUUGAAUCUUCUGGCUGGAGUCUGUAUAGCGUGGGCAUGAGUCUGCUUGGUGAUCUGCUUGAAACCAGUAACACGGCUAUAAAGUCACUGCUUAUGUUGCAAGUGUUGAUAGUUAGGAUAAUUUACAUGUUCCGACUAGACGCAAACCAGAAAGCAGCCAGAGUACACGCGUUGAGUGUGUCGGUUGCGCAAACAAUAGGCUUGCAUCGCCAAAGUACCAUCGAGAGCAUGCCAGCUUAUUACAACCAGUUGUACUCACGUGCUUGGUGGUCUUUGUAUCUGCUGGAUCGACGACUAGCUCUAGAGUCCGGGAAGCCAUAUCUCAUUCAAGACAGCAACGUUGAUACGGCCUUACCAUUGGAUCUUAGUGAUGAGUGGAUGACACGAUUUGCGUCGAGAAAGGAGACCAUAGCAGACCUUCAGCACGAGAUAGUUGUCGAGACUGCGAGGGACUCAUCCCCUUCAUGUAUUCCUUAUGUUAUUGCCAUGGUGCGUUAUUGCCGUAUAGCUGGCAAGACUUGGGAAGUUUUAUACGGUGUCAAGUCGUCCACUGCUUCCAUGCCAGCCAUGAUCCAAUAUGUUGAUACUGCUGUCGGAAAACUACUCAACACAAUUCCGACAUGCUUGAAAUAUGACCUUGAUGCUCCUUACGAGGCGCAGUUUAGCACGAGACCUCGAUGGCAAGUAAAACAAACAUUUCUCUUUAACAAUUGCUGCACAUAUCUACGUCUUUUAAUCAGAAGACCACUAUUGCCAAGUUCCAGCGCUAUCUACCAUACAGAGGAAGAUGACCUUGAGUCCUCAAUCGAGUGUGCUAGCCUCGCUGCCCGGAUUCUUACCACUCACCAAAGCAUACAAGACGAUGGACUCAAGUAUAGCUUCGCACUCAGCCACUACGUCACUAGCUGUGCACUCGUCAUGGUCGGUUUGGUGUCGAGGGAACCGGGCUCCAAGAGAAGAUAUGGGGGUCUGAUACUCGCCGCCACCCAGUGUUUGAAUGAGUACUGCCAGAGGAUUUGGGUCUCUGGAAAGAUGAUGCGUUGCGUUUCUAGACUUAGUCGGCUCGUUGGGCGCGUACUUGCCUCGGACUCACAAGGAGGGCUGGACCGCCAGAGCCCCUCGAAUAUGAGGCGAAGCUCGAUACCAGAUCGUUUGACACAGCACCUGACGCCCCCACAAACUGAAGAUCAAGACCCCGUACAAUGCAGAACUGGGACGUCCAGCAUGUACAAAAAUCAGCUCAAUGACCUGAGAAACAAUACUGGUCAGAGAGUGCAAAGUGAUCAAGAAGUAGGCUGUUAUUCAUUCAAUACUGACUCUCUGGGCACAAUGCCUGAGAGGUCAAUGACAGGCUUCAAUAAGCUGCCUACAUCCUGGAUGGCCGAUUCGAGCCUUGAUCGUCGAAAUAGCUGGAUCAUGUCAGACUUCAAUUUUGAGACUCUUGGAGAGCGCUUUGGCCCCAACGAUGCCGAGCUGGCGACAUUUGUGGAGAAUGAUAGUCUUGAUUUUACUCGAGGUAUGGGAAUGGCUCAGAAUACUGAGCGAGGGCCCACCGAGGCACGACUAGGCACUCUGGGUAUUAAUGGCGUGUUUGAUCUCGAUAUGGACAUGUUUCCUACUAUGAUGAACCUGUAUGGAAGUUAGCAUAAUUUUGUUUACAGCUG